AUCACUUGUCAUUGGUAUAUCCAACUCGUAAUGUUCUCUUCUCCUUCCCAAGGGCCGGCCCGGAGAAGGCAAGGCGAUGGAUCUGUCCGUCUUUCACGCGCAAGUACGCCUUCUAUGGCCGGAAGAUCAAAUACUUCAAGGGUUGGAGGACAAGCAACGCCUUCAACAGCUUUUGGCAAAGGCAAGACGGGAAGCAGCUUUGGCGGAAAUGCAGGUCAACGUAAGAGAGACUCGAUGCGUUACAUUGGAUCUGCUUUGAGAGAUUCUUCAUACGCAGCACCCUCUUCGAUUGGUGAUGAGUCAUUUGAUAGCACAAUAAAUGGUGACUCAAUACGGAAAAGAGAAAAAACAAGAGCAGGCGGAUUAACUGAAGGAACAAUCUUAUCACGAGAUGACAAUCAUUCUGUUUCCGUUUUUUCUCGAAUGCCAAAUGACGUUAGUACAGCUUUAAACUCUGCAAGCCCAUACGAUCUGGUUUCGGGUUCUCUUGAUACUGCCACAAAUCAUGCAUUCAUUGUCACCAAGAACAAUUACUUUAUCUGGAGCUACUCAAUGCGUAGCUAUGAGACGCCAACUUGCUUUGCCCAUUCGAUAGCAUCAGCAUACGCCUCCAGUCAGCAAACAAUAUUACCUUCUUGUGAUUUCGUGCCUAAAGGCAGAGACCGACAGCCUGGAUUCCUACUAAUCACGCCAGGAGGUGAUGUCUUUUACAGCGACAAUGUGAGCAGCUCUUUUGCUCAGGUACAAGACAAAAGGCAACAGUACUCGAUUGCUUUGGGAAUGGGUGAAUCUGUCAAUUCGCUACAUCGAUGCAAGCCUACUUUGUUCGUCGCUUCAACAACCCAUUCCCGAUUGAUCUGUAUCCGCCUGAUCGCGUCCGGUGGUAUGCUUCAGCCUGUGGUGACCUUGUUCGCUCAGCCCAGAGGAAUAUUUGGACGCUUGUUUGGAGCAGCAGCGAAUCUUGCAAGUACAAGUGCAGGCAUUGUUGGACUUGCUUCUUGGUCAUCAAACGAGACCGAGAGCACAAGUGACGUCUACGCAAUCACACAACAAACACUGCAAAAGUGGUCUCUUGUUGAUGGAAGGGGAGAAAAGAUGAUAUUCGAUGAAGAUGUGCGACCACUUUUGAUCGAACGUGAUGAACGAAUUGCUGACGGCAGUCAAUCAGCAGAAAGCCUUAAAUUGGUGGAUGUAGCAGUGACGAAAGAUGGCCGAUCAAUCAUCUUGUACUCUUUCCCUUUGAUCGAGGGUGGAGCGCUGCAUUACGGUUAUGCAACCCUGCAAGGUAGAGGAAGCGAGCUUGUCGUACAAGGUAUUACUUCUCUACGCUACAGUAGACUUGCCGACACGAGAUCAAGUGAUUUCCCUCGUUUGCUCAUACCAAAUGGAGGCCCAGUAGUUUACGUCGUUUUCACAGAGGCGGUGAUCUUCAGGCUUUUGGAGAGUGAUGGCUUGGAAGAAAGUAUCGAAUUGCGUGAUGUUUCUUCCAAUCGCAUAAUCGGUACAGGAGAACCUGCAUAUCAUGAGCCUCGAGAUGACGCCGCACCAGCAUCGAUUUCCGUCUUCACCCAACGCAGCGGUACCUUGCUUAUUUCCGUCGAUGUUGUGGCAGCAAAGGGCUUAUCAGACUUGAUCGCAUCCGGUGAAGAUCGAAAUGUUGUCGACACACACAGACUAAAGACUAAGCUUGAAAGAGGCGUUUUUCAUAGUGACAAUGCCGCAAAUCCCAUCUCGUUCGAUUUACCAUUGGAUAUGCGAGGCGAUCUGAUUGCGGCGGCUGAACAGCUCAGCGAUGACAUCGUUCGCUCUGAAUCUCCAAGUCUUAUCAAUACUCUUGAUACAAAGCUACAGCUUGCCAAUCGUUUGGAGCGUUUGCAUUCAUUGGCAGCAUUUUUAUCAUUGAACGGUAUGAUGGGGCUCAUGACGCAAAACUCUCUUAGACGACUUUGUGCUGAUGCUCAACUGAUCGCAUCGGCGAUCGAUCUAUGGAAUUAUGUCGAUGAAUUGAUGAGCACGCCGAUUAGGUUGCAAAAUGUUGGCAAUCCUUUUGGAGAUGCAGUGAAAGAUAUCUGUCAAGAUGCUGAGGAUGAUGAUGUUUUACGUCAUUUCUUCCGCUUUGAGCUGAGAGAGCUUAAUGCGGUUCUGAAUCGUGUGCACGAACUUGCCCAGCAAUCGGCAUCUCAAGGUAUCUCUCGUCUUUCCGCAACUGUGUGCGAGACCAAUCGUAUCCUUCUGACUACCUAUCAAGCUGCAUCGCGAUACCAACAUGAAACGGCAAGUUUGUAUGGUUUGGACCUUUCCAGCAUUGCGUUCGAAGCAUGGACCUGCACUGGAAAUAAUGUAAAGAUUUUGCGAGAAUCUUUGUCAGGCACAGUCUCAUUGAUUCAAGACAGAACACGUCAAUUGGGAAACACGAUCGAUCAGGAGAUCAGAGAAUUGUCUCUAGAAACACUCACUGCAGAAGAGUAUGAGAAGCAUCUCCAAUCUACAUUGAAAGGACAAUUGUACGAAUUGGCUUCGUACACCUUGGACGCUUACAAGGAAAGACUGUCUUAUCUUCGAUUGGCAGGAUCAAGUCAUCCAUCUCUCGAGCGCGAAUAUGCUACUUUGCAGGAGGAGUACAACGCUGAAAGACGCAAUUUCCUCCUCCCUCUCAGGUCAAUCGGCCGUGGUGAUCGCGCUUUCAAUCUUGCCGAACAACAUAAAGAUUUCGAGACGUUGACAGAAUUGUGUUGCAGCUUGUCAAAAGAGCAAAGAGUUGCACGUAUAAGAUUCUAUCUCAAUAAAUAUGGGCAAGCGUUUGCAGGAGCUCUAUAUACCUAUUACGCACAAAAUGAUGAGAUGCAAACACUUUUAGCUCAAGAUGAUAGCUUCAACGGUCUCUUGAGAGAAUUCUUGGAUGCAAAUCCCAGCUUGAAUCGCGUGACUUGGCUGCACGAUUUUGCUUUGUCAGAUUUCUCUCGUGCUACAGUACGAUUGGCAAAUGAAGCCAAUAAUGAAAAGCAAAGUGUAUCGAGCAAGAGGUUGAUUUUAAGCUUGGCAAAAUUGAGUCAAGCAAGUCAUUUGGUCGAAGGACAAAUCGCUUCCCAAUCUGAACAAAGCGCGAUCGAACAAUUUGACGAUCAGAUCGAUUUAGUGAACAUUCAUGAUAGGAUCAAGAACAAUCUACGCAAAAAGGCAAAUGAAGCAGAAGGAGAAAUUCUUUCCCCAGAUGAUUUAUUGGCAUUUGCAGAGGAUGCGGUGCUGGCUUUAUCUUCAAUGAGACCCGCAUUUGGUAAAUUAUACCUUCAUCUUGCCAAAGACCUUUUCGAUGGCCGGGUGCUUUCGGUUGAGGAUUUGAUCGAUUUAUUGACAUUACACGAUGCGAAUGAAGAUAGCAAUUCCGACUUUAUCUUGGCGAUUGAAGCAUUCAUUCGAGCACGCGAUCUUCCACCAGCUAGAGCUCAAUCUGCUUUGACCAGCUUGUGGAGACGAAUUAUCUUGUUCGAUGAUUGGAAAACGGUCACACAAACAAAGGAUACAGCAGAUGCUGUACUGGAAGCUCGCUUGCGCAACACGGCUCUUUAUCAUGCUCUUCGUGCAUGUGCAGAUACAGAAAGUACUUCGGCUGCCGUCUUGGAACCUGUUCAAACGAUUGUUCAGCCUUCUCUAGAAGCAAUUCAAGCUCGUUUGAGUAACACUUAUGAUGUCCAAAUCGAGGAUCAAGUCACAGUUGAUGAAUUGGCACAAGAUAGCCAAGCAGAGAUUGCCGAAUUGGAAGAGCUUAUGAGCACGGUGGAUUUAUCGGUUUGGUUCAAUGAAGUGAAACGAUUGGUGGUAGAAUCUUUGGGCGAUCAAGAACAAGGAGAUGAUAUCGAUUUCGCCGCUCUUAGUAAUGUAGGAAGUCAAGAAAUGAUCAUGUAAGAAUAGCUGUUAUAACAAUUAUAUUCCAUUUUUUGC